CACACUUUCUGUAAAGCAACAAAGUCUACGUGGUUUUUUGUGUGUGACUGUGAAAAAGAUCAAAAUAGAGGUAUUUCUCUGGUGUUUUUGCCCAUUUAAUGUGCCUCCAAGUGAUAAGACACAAUGAAUUUGGGGGAUAAUCCAUACGGCAAUGGCCUACGAUAUGCUGGCUUCAAUCAGGAUCAAGGAUGCUUCGCCUGCGCCACUGACAAUGGCUUCCGAGUCUACAAUUGCGAUCCACUGAAGGAGAAGGAGCACCAAUUCUUCCCAAACGGUGGCCUCGGACACGUAGAAAUGCUCUUCAGGUGCAACUACUUAGCGCUGGUCGGUGGAGGAGUUGUUCCUCUUGCCCCUCCCCACAGAGUUCUCGUCUGGGACGACCUGCGGAAAUCAUCAGCCAUCAAUCUCGACUUCAACACUCCUGUGAAGGCUGUUAGAUUGCGUAGAGAUAGGAUUGUUGUGGUUCUUGAUGGCAUCAUCAAGGUAUUUUCCUUCGUGCAGCAGCCCCAAGAGCUUUUUGUGAUUGAGACUGGGCCAAAUCCCUUGGGUCUCUGUGUCCUCUGUCCCAGCAGCAACAAAUCUCUCCUGGCCUAUCCAGGACGCCGUGUUGGUCACGUACAGAUUGCCGAUCUGGCAAAUUACGGGAAACUCCUCCCUCUCGAGAUUACAGCCCAUGAGGCAGCACUCAGUUGCCUCGCUCUCAAUCUUCAGGGCACUCGCCUGGCCACAGCCAGUGAACGCGGUACCCUAAUCCGCGUCUUUGACACAGAAACCGGCAACAAAGUGGCCGAGCUGCGCCGAGGCACAAACCAAGCCACAAUCUUCUGCAUCAAUUUCAAUCAUGAAUCCACCCAUCUCGUGGUAUCAUCGGAUCAUGGCACAAUUCACGUUUUCACACUGGAUGAGCAGAAAUGCAAGGAAAGCAGCAGUCUCCCCAUUAUUCCCAAAUACUUCUCCAGCAAUUGGUCAUUCUGCAAAUUCUCCAUCCCCCAGGGACCGCCCUGCAUCUGUGCUUUCGGUGCCGAAAGCAACUCCGUCAUUGUUAUCUGCGCCGAUGGGCAUUACUACAAAUUCCUCUUCAACAUCAAAGGUGAAUGCAGCCCGGUCCUCUGCACACAAUUCCUCGAGCUGAGCGAUGAUCAGGUAGAUGAUCAGCAACAUACCUAAAACAAAAUUCCCCCUGCCCCUGAACUGCAAUGGAAAGUCUAUUUAGAUGUUUCUGCCUACCCUUAAAAAAAUUAGAGAUGAAAAAAUACCUGUAAUGAAAAUAUAAUAAAGAGAUUUCUGAAGAGUUUAAAAAA